AAGUGCUCGAAAACUCUAGGGAAAACAAAAUAAAUUUUAGUUUUAAAAUUACCGUAAAAUAAUAAAAUAAUAAAAGCAAAGCCGUUGUUCAGCGGACCACGUCUCGGGUCUCCCCUACGCACCAAAACCGUUGACGUGGACAGCCGCGUCGCUGCUUGGCUCCUGCCACGUCUACCACGGAUCCAUCGACACGUCCCCUUUCCAUUGAUUCUCCGCUUCCAUGUCGCUUGUCUCGACCCGCCACACCACCGUCUGUCACACGCGUGACGUCACACCACCAUUAAUGCAGCUGGGACACGACACCGCGAUCUCCUCUCUCCCCGCGACAGCAUACGCAGUGGUGCUCACCCAUGGAGAGACGGUCAUGGACGCCGCUAAGAAACAAGCGGAGAGGAGGCCAGGAAAAAGAUGGGCGAAAGGUAAGUCCCCCACGCCAGCAGCUGCCAUUGGUUAUAAGGCUCCAUCACCGCAGUUGACAACGCGGCUCGCGAUCCACCUCAACCAGCUGCCCGGAUUUGAAAAGAAGCAAAUUUGGAGCUUCGGCUGCUUUGCUCUGCUGCAGGGAGCGGUAGGAUCGGGAAUGGUGAGCGAGGAGCAGUCGGUGGCGGAGGAAGGCGACUGCUGCAGUUGGAUGGAGGCGGAGGAGGGCAAGGACGGGGAGCGACGGAGGAAGCGGUUCAGCCAGGAGCAGAUCAAGUCGCUGGAGACCAUGUUCGAGACGCAGACCAAGCUGGAGCCGCCGCAGAAGCUGCGGCUCGCCGGCGAGCUCGGCCUGCAACCCCGGCAGGUGGCCAUCUGGUUUCAGAACAAGCGGGCGCGGUGGAAGGCGAAGCAGCUCGAGCGGGAGUACCGCAAGCUCAAGGCCGAGUACGACGCUCUGCUCUCCAGCUUCGACGGCCUCAAGAAGGAGAAGCAGCUCCUCCUACAGCAGGUGCGGGAGCUAUCUGAAAUGAUGGAGAAAGCAGAGGAGGGAAGCAACAGAGAUGGAAUUAAACAGGCUGAGCACGGCCUGUGCGCCGGCGGUCAACCGGCGAACUCCUCCUUGAUAGUGACGGAAGAGCCGCAGUUUUGCUCCACCGCCACCAACUGGCCUUCCGAUCAGUUCUUGUGCAGCAAUCCGCAGUGGUGGGAGUUUUGGUCCUCUGAGUGAAUAAACCCACCUGCAAGUCUGCAACGCAAACUCGAACAACGAAGCAAUAAUCUCCUUCUCAUGGAGGAAGAAGAGCAUUGCAAUGCUUAAAAUAGAUUAGUCUGUAUAGUGUUUGAGUGGAAAACUUUGAAUCUUCUUCUUCUUGAAUCUGCUUAGUUCUCAUUCGUAGAACAGCACAUGUAUAUGUAAUCGUAGAUGACUUCUUCCAUCGUGAAUAAUCAAGGAGGUGCUUGAUUCAUCCAA